UUUUGAAAGCGAAGCACAGAAACUAUUAUACACACACAAUUUAAUCGAUUGAAGCCAUUCAGAGCAGCAGCAAGUGUACCAACGUGAGCAGAAAAAGUGAAAAAUUUAGUAGCUUUCCAUAUUAAUUGAGUUUAAAAUAAAGUGAAAAUGGGUGAUCAACGAGGCACACGCGUCUAUGUCGGUAAUUUAACCGAUAAAGUGAAGAAGGACGACUUGGAAGGAGAAUUCACCAAAUAUGGCAAGUUAAAUUCAGUUUGGAUUGCUUUUAAUCCACCAGGCUUCGCUUUUGUGGAAUUUGAACAUCGCGAUGACGCCGAAAAGGCCUGUGACGUGCUCAAUGGUACAGAAUUGUUAGGCUCACAGCUACGUGUGGAAAUCUCCAAAGGCCGGCCACGUCAAGGCCGUCGUGGUAUGGGCGACCGUGGCCGACGUGACUUCGGACGUCGUAGCAAUAGUGGAGGCGGUGGCGGCGGUUAUCGCCAACGUGGCUCUGGUAGUGGUGGUGGACGUUACCACGAUCGCGGUUAUUCCGGCGGUGGUGGCCGCCAAGGUGGAGGUUACAGCAGCCGUGAUGGCGGCAGUAGUGGCUUCAAUCGACGCGACGUCUACGGUAGCAGCAGCGGAGGACGCGAUAGUGGACGCUCGUUCGGCGGUAGUGGUGGCUACGGUAGCGGAAGUGGCGGUCGCAGUGGUGGCAGCAGCCAAGGUGGAGGACGUUUCAGAUCGCGUUCACCAGUCGGUCAUCGCUUCUAAACAAAGAAGAGCAGGAGAGAACAAAGUAUAAAAGAAAAAAUAUUGUGUUUAAGAGAAGGUAGCAUGAUGAGGUGACUGUUGGAACUCGCAUAUUUGUGUGGAACCAACAGAGCAGUUUUAAAAAUUUAGGAGAUUACAAAUAUGCAGUCAUAGUUUUGAGAGUAUUUGAGAAAUGCAAAAUUGCAAUUCGUUUUAGAAGUGUAAGGGCUAUCGAAAUACGACACAAACACCAUGUGUUUAGACCGAAAAAAUAUUCAUUAAUUGGUUUAAGUAAAUGUAGAGCAAAUAUACAUCAUGAGACCAAUGAUGAGCACGAUGAUGAUAAUAUAUAGAAAAUGUCUACCGCUACCGAAAUUUAAACGCUAAUUAUAAGCUAAUUCGAAACAACCAAGUUACUACGCAAAAAAAAAUCAAAUAAAAUAUCUUCAAUAUCUAUGUAUACUUAACAGUAUUCGUAAACAUUA